AUGCUGUCCCACUUCAUCCCCCGCUACCUCCUACCAGAUUACACCUGGCCAGACCCAAUCCGCCCUCUCACAACUGAACGCAUACCAACCACACCACGACCAACCUCCCCCCGACUGCGUCGACUUUGGGGCGUCGUACACGACUACCUUCAACGAUUCUCGCAGCUCUACUGCGCCUGGUUCGACAUCCCCUUUGACAACCAAAUCGCCCAGUUACCACUCGGCCUCAUUCUGAAAUGGUCCGACGGGACCAGAGUCGAAGAGGUCCUGGCUAUGCAAGUCGCCCGCGCAGCUGGGUUUCCUGUUCCUCGUGUAAUAUGCUACGCAGAGCAUCCUGAUACGCCGCAUGCGCCGGUCUCGAUUCUAAUGACUCGGUUGCCCGGUGUAGAGCUAGGCCAGGUAUACGAGACGCUGAGUAGCGAGGAAAGGGAUUCGGUAUCCAAAGAGCUACGGCGUUAUUUGGGGACUAUGCGCGGAUGGCUAAAUCCAUGGGGCGGUGAUAGGAUCUGCUCUCUAACGGGCGCAGCCAUUAGAAGUGUGCGGGUCCCCAAUCACUCGAUGGGACCGUUUGAAUCUGAGGAUGAGCUUAAUGAAUAUCUAAUUCGGCCUUCGUGGGCGGGCGGGUUCCCGUCCGAGGAGGCAUAUACUAACGCGCUUGAUCGCGCGAAGGGGAUGGGGAGGAUGUCACAUCGUGUUGUUUUCAGUCACGGAGAUCUAAAACAUCAUAAUAUUCUAGUGGAAAAGGGGAAGAUCACUGGCUUCUUGGACUGGGAAUCGGUGGGUUGGUAUCCGGAAUAUUGGGACUUUACUACGGCGUUGAUGUUUACACGCGAGAGCUUCUGGUGGUAUGAUUUUGUCGUUGGACUUGGUGGUGGCAUGUAUUUGGCGGAGUUGGAUUGUGAACGGGCGUUGACUUCUUUGACGAGUGCUUCUUAUUACUGGUGA